AUGUCUAGUUUUAAAAGAGAAUCAGAUUUUUAUUAUAAAAGUCCAGGGAGAUUAACUCAUCCAAAAAAGAAUAACGAGUCUUCGCUUAGCAUAAUUUAGCCUGAAAUGAAUAAUAACAGUAACUUUGAUCAUACAUUACUACUCGAAAAGUGGAAGGACUACUUUUAAGAUGACUGCAAAACAUUUUAUGAUAACGAUCCAAGACAUGUGAUGUUGCUUUCAUUUUUUGAAUGUUAUAGAUUGUAUUAAUAAUUUAAAGAUAUUAUAGAAUGGACUAACUUAAAAAGAAAUGAUUUAUCAGAAGCCUAUGUUGAUUUUAUAAAACUAAAGAAUUUCGAUGAUGAAACUUGUAAGGAAGCUGAAUUAUUUAAAUAAGAAAUAGAAAAGGAUGUUAAUGAUACUAUAAAUUCUCUUAGCUUGGCUUUGGAUUGCGUAAGAGUUCAUCUGUUAGGCUAAAAAAGAAAGAAAGUGAUAGUUCGCUUAUACAAUUAUGAUUAAUCAGUUUAGCUGAGAGAUAUUAAAGCUAAUAUAAUUAAUAAAUAUCUUUAAGUAAAGGGUGUUGUUUUGAAGACUUCUCCUGUUUAAGUUAUGAUUAACGAAAUGACUUUUUAGUGUCUUGAUUGCAAAUAAAACUAAGUCAUUAAAUUUCUUUAUGGCAUUUAUUCCUAACCUACAAAAUGCCUGAAUACAAAAUGCAAGGGAACUAAAUUUAAUCCAGAUAAAACUAGAGCAAAAGCCAGCUUGUAUCAAAGAAUCAAGCUUUAAGAAAUAGAAGAAGAUGACAAAGGAAGUGGAAGAGUUCCUCGUACUUUAGAAUGUGAACUAAGAGAUAAUCUUGUUAAUACUACAAUUAAUGGAGAUAUUGUUACUGUUUCUGGAUUAUUAAGAACUGAAGCUGCAGAUUUAAGCUAAUAAGGCAAAAAAACAAUUGGUCUGCAAUCUAAUGUUAUGGAUGUAAACUGUUUGACUAAUUCUAAAAAUGAAAAUAAACUUUUAAACGAAGAUGAAGAAGAAUUCUCUGAAGAAGAUAUAAUUAUGGCUUAGACUUUGAGUGAUGAUCCACGUGUAUUCCCAAGACUUGUUAAAUCUGUUUGUCCUACAAUCUUUGGGCAUGAGCUAGUAAAGGCAGGACUUUUGCUUUCUAUUCUAGGUGGAGCUCCAGUUAAUGAGCUUUAAGGUAUUUCUAAUCCAUUUGCUGAUGACAAUAAAAUUUCAUUUAGAAGCGACUGUCAUGUUCUUUUAAUUGGUGAUCCUGGUUUAGGUAAAUCUUAGUUAUUGAAAUUUUUAGCCAAUAUCACUACUAGAUCAAUAUAUACAUGUGGAAGCAGCUCUUCUAACGCUGGUUUGACUGUUACAGUUACAAAAGAUCCAGUUACUGGUGAAAGUACGCUCGAAGCUGGUGCUCUUAUUUUGAGUGAUUAAGGUGUUUGUUGUAUUGAUGAAUUUGAUAAAAUGUCUGCUGAUCAUUAUGUCUUGUUAGAAGCUAUGGAACAAUAAACAGUUUCUCUAGCUAAAAGUGGUGUCCUUUGCUCACUUUAAUCAAGAGCAACUAUUAUAGCUUCAGCUAAUCCAAAAGAAGGACAUUAUAAUAAAUCAAAAUAAAUCAAGGAUAAUAUUAAAAUUAAUAACGCAAUUCUAUCUAGAUUUGAUUUAAUUUUCCUUCUAUUAGAUACUCCUGAUCCAAUGAGAGAUUAAAAAUUAUCAGAACAUAUUAUGAAACUGCAUUCAAGAAAAAGAAAGAAAGAUGAAAUGGGAUAGUUUGUUUAGAAAUAGCCUUAAUACAUGCAAGAUACUGAAUACAGUUCUUUGACAGAAAAAUUAUAAGCUGAGUGUGCAGAAGUUACUGAAAAUCUAAUUCUCUCUCCUGCUAUAAUGAGAAAAUAUAUUUAGUAUGUGAAGAAAUUUGUUCAGCCAGUACUUAGUAGAGAAGCUGCUGAAAUUAUAAAGGAAUUUUAUUUAACUUUGAGAGAAUCACAUUUUAAUACUUCAUCUAUUCCAAUUACAAACAGACAACUUGAGUCUCUAGUAAGACUUUCAUAAGCCCGUGCAAAAAUAGAAUGCAGAGAUAUAGUGACGAAAAAGGAUGCUCUUGAAGUUGUUGAGCUGAUGUAAGAAAGUUUAUUUGAUUCUCUUGAAGAUCUAAACUACGCUCGUGGAGCAGGUGGCACUUCUUUAUAAGUUAAUAAGGGUUUGAAAAAUAUAAACCCAAACAAUAUAGGAAGUCUUAGUGUGAUGAAAUAAACAAAGGUCUUCUUAGAAAGAUUAUAAUAAGAAGCAUCAAUUAAAGGUUCAUAUUAAUUCUCCUAUAACGAUUUAACAACUAUAGCAAAGAGCAUUAACAUGAAUGUUGGAGAUUUCAGUGAGUUUAUUUCAAAGCUUAAUCAUUAAUCUAUGCUUAUUUUUAGAGGUAACAAAAACUAUGAAUUGGCAGCAAAAAGAAAUUACUGA